CAACUUCCUUUCACGCGUUUCAAUUGUCUUUAUAUAACUCUCAUUCCCCUCAUCAGUUCACCAACAUCCUCACAAAUUCGCUUCUAGGGUUUCCUAAAUUCUCAAACUUUCUCUCCAAAUUCGAGUUCACCAUGGUUCGUUGUAGUAACAACCUCGUUGGUAUACUCAACUUCAUCGUCUUCCUCCUCUCUAUUCCCAUCUUAGCUGGAGGAAUCUGGCUCAGCCAAAACGGCUCAACGGAGUGUGAGCGUUUCCUGGACAAACCCGUGAUCGCUCUCGGAGUUUUCCUCAUGGUUGUAGCAAUCGCUGGUUUGAUUGGUUCCUGUUGCAGAGUCACAUGGCUUCUCUGGACUUACCUCUUUGUCAUGUUCCUCUUGAUUCUCCUCGUCUUCUCCGUAACGGUUUUCGCCUUUGUCGUUACUAACAAAGGCGCAGGCGAGAAGGUUUCUGGGAGAGGGUAUAAAGAGUAUAGACUUGGAGAUUACUCUAACUGGUUGCAGAAACGUGUGGACAGCGACAAGAACUGGAAUAAGAUUAGGAGUUGUCUCGUUGACAGCAAGGUUUGUUCUAAGCUUGAAGCUAAGCUUGUUAAUGUUCCUGUCACCAACUUCUACAACGAGCAUCUUACUGCCCUUCAGUCUGGUUGCUGCAAACCCUCAGAACAAUGCCAAUUUACUUACAUAAGUGCCACAAACUGGACCAAGACGGCUGGACCACAUGCUAAUCCAGACUGCCAAAGCUGGGACAACGCACCAAACAAGCUCUGCUUCGAUUGCCAAUCUUGCAAGGCGGGUCUUCUCGACAACGUCAAGAGCGCAUGGAAGAAAGUUGCAGUAGUCAACAGCAUCUUCCUUGUCUUCCUUAUCAUUGUCUACUCUGUUGGUUGCUGUGCUUUUAGGAACAACAAGAGAGAUGACAGUUAUGGCUAUGGAUAUAAGCCUUGAAGGCUUUUGAGUGUUUUAGAACAGAGAUUCGUUCGUUGUUCUUUAUGACACGCAAUGCUGGAGUUUGCUUUUAUGUUUUUAUGGAUUUAACAUCUUGGUGUUUUGAGACCUAUUGCUUGUACAGCUCUCUUAUGAUACUUGUUAGUGUGUUCUGGCUAAACCAUGAUAUUGUUUAAUUAUAUGUUCUUUUUCUCA